GGGCGAGAAUAAAGCAAGAUGGCGUCUGACGGUGAAGACGUUAUUGCAGUCGUCACAGUUCAGUGUUCUUAAUCUGUGCGUCCAUGUACACAUAUAUGUCCUUUAUUACACUCUAUUAAAUAGAGUAACAUCGUUAAUAACUGUUUGCAUCCGGUUACAUUAGUCUGAGCGCACUUCUCGAGCUAGCUUAGCUUGCUAGUUAGCUUAGCUUGUUAGCUGCUAACAAAGAGAGAUGAAAACACAUCGCUAAGCAGAGAUCAAGUGUGAGUGUAAAGUGUUGUGAUUGUGUGAAAAUGUGCGAAAGAACCAUAGCAGAGUACGAGGAGGAACUUUGUCCAACAAAAGAGGAGAAGGAGCGACAACAUGAAAAACAUCAAGUUGUGUUACACACAACAGACAUCCAUCAGCUGAUUGGACACCAAGAAGAAUGUCUCCCUCAUCUGCAGGGGUACAGUUUCACUUCAGAGGAUCCACAGCCCUCACACAUGAAAGAGGAAGAGGAGGGAGAGUGUCCUGUAGGGCAGGAGGAGGAUGAUGUCAGCAAGUUUCCACUGACUGUUGUCUCUGUGAAGACUGAAGAGCAUGAAGACAAAGCACCUGAGUCCUCACAGCUUCAUCACAGUCCAAACGCUCAACAGCCCCUUCACAUUAAAGAGGAAGAGGAUGAUCCACAGCCAACCUACAUUAAAGAGGAAGAGGAGGAUCCACAGCCCACCCACAUUAAAGAGGAAGAGGAGGAUCCACACAUGAAAGAGGAAGAGGAGGGAGAGUGUGUUGUAGGGCAGGAGGAGGAUGAUGUCAGCAAGUUUCCAUUGACUGUUGUCUCUGUGAAGACUGAAGAGCAUGAAGACAAAGCACCUGAGUCCUCACAGCUUCAUAACAGUCCAAACGUCCAGCGGGUGUCAGCGGGGAGUCAUGAAGAGGAGUGGCACACCAGUGUGGGACAGAAGGAGCUACAGGCCCCCUCCCACAUUAAAGAGGAGCAGCUUCAUGAUGAAGAUGAAGCUCAGUCCUUACAGCUUCAUCACAGUCAAAGUGAGGAGAACAGAGGGGCGGAGCUUGUAAGUCAACACAUCACAGAAGCUGAUGGAGAGCAUUGUGAAGAUAUCAAGUCAGAACCAGACAGCAUCUUUGCUCCACUGUCAGACAUGGACCACAUGAUGUCACACUCUUCUGAUCACAGUGACCACAUCCAAAAACCUUUGGAGAGUAAAAAUGACUCUAAAGGUGAUACGAGACAUCACACUAACAACAAACACUUUGACUGCUCUGAAUGUGGGAAAUCAUUUAGAAAGAAGAGUCAUUUUACAGUACACAUGAGAACACAUACUGGAGAGAAACCUUUUACUUGCUCUGUUUGUAAGAAGAGUUUCUUCAGAAAGGGUGACAUGACCACACACAUGAGAACACACACUGGAGAGAAACCUUUUACUUGCUCUGUUUGUAAGAAGAAUUUCUUCCAAAAGGGUAACAUGGCCACACACAUGAGAACACACACUGGAGAGAAACCUUUUGCUUGCUCAGUUUGUAAGAAGAGUUUCUUCAGAAAGGGUGACAUGACCACACACAUGAGAACACACACUGAAGAGAAACCUUUUACUUGCUCUGUUUGUAAGAAGAAUUUCUUCCAAAAGGGUAACAUGACCACACACAUGAGAACACACACUGGAGAGAAACCUUUUGCUUGCUCAGCUUGUGCUAAAAGAUUCAACAAUAAGAAUAACAUGACCACACACAUGAGAACACACACAAGUGAGAAACCUUUUACUUGCUCUGUUUGUAAGAUGUGUUUCUUCAGGAAGCAACAAAUGACCUUACACAUGAGAACACACACUGGAGAGAAACCUUUUGCUUGUUCAGCUUGUGUUAAAAGAUUCAACACUAAGAAGGAAAUGAUAUUGCACAUGAGAACACACACAGGUGAGAAACCUUUUACUUGCCCUUUUUGUGAGAAGAGUUUCUCCAGAAAGGAACGCAUGACCACACACAUGAGAACACACACUGGAGAGCAACCGUUUAGUUGCACUGUGUGUGAUAAAACAUUCAGGUUUAAAUAUCAGGUGAGUAAACACAAGUGUGUAACAGUCAUGGAAGCUGCAGGGAUGUAAACACACUUAAACAGUGAUUGUGCUAAAUGUAGUUUAAAAACACAGCAUGUUUAAUAUGAAUGUAUAUUUGAUGUUGUAUGUAGUGCUUCGUAUCUUCUACUCUUAUAUGUUGUCCUGUACUUACUUUUUAAGUUGUGUGCAUGUCUUGAAUAUUAUAUAUGUAGCUACUAUUUUAUUCUAUUUCCUCAUUGUUAAACGGCGGACAUCUUGUUAUUUUAAUUAGGGUUUUUUUCAUGCAUAUUUUAUUUAAUUGAUGUUAUUAUCCAAUUAAAAGUAUAAAUGAAUAAAAUGGUUAACAAAAUGUGGACUCUGGUAGAUUAGCAGCAUUGUUACAUCAUGGAUGUUAACUACUGCAAAACAUCAACAAAGAAGAAAAAUGCUGAAGUUAGCAACACAUCACUGAACUUUAGAGCCAUCGUGAGUGGAGUUGCUUGUUUUUAUUGCUGCAUUUGUACUUAUUUCACCUCACAUCUUCACUUUUAAUCCUAAAGUCUUCUUCACAUAUAUUGUUGUAGGCUUCUAACAUUUAUGUUUCUGAUGUGUGUGUGUAGUCUGUCCAAUUGUUCACUUGCACAGAUACAUCUUCAUCAUCAUUAGUUUAUUAUUGUUCUUCGGUCAAUGGUCAACAAAAUAAACAAACAGUUGUACAUUCAUAGAUUGAAAAAGAAAAUGUUGCAGAGCGAAAGUGUUUAGGCUGAAGUUGAACACUUAUUUUGCCUAACCCUAUAAACAAUGUCAAGUACAAGAUGAACUUCCGAAAAUGAUGAAAUGUCCUUUGUACAACAUA